CUGAGCCAUUCUCUUUGUUCUUUUCAACUACUUCGCAGACUAGAAUUUGUGUAAGAAGCGUUCGUUUGGGUGAUAUUAGUGAAUUUCGCAGUUAAAAUUUUUGCGAAAUUAGUGUAUCUUUGGGUAAAAAGUUUCUUCGCACAUUUAAGUUUAUCUUUGGUGUGAUACACAAUCAACUAAAAUAGAUAUAUAAAACUGUGCUUAGCUUCGUUGGUCUGCUGAGUGCUAUUCCUAAAUAAGGAGGUAAAUCAGUCUUCUUUAAAGGGAAUAGAUAUAUUCAUGGACAUCCAUAGAGAUUCGUACUAUUAAAAGCUUAUUUAAGAGUGCACAAAUAGUAAGUGAAAAUAUUUACUCGCUUCAAGUGUUGUGGACGCCUGCCGCCCAAUGUCUUCUAGUUCACCAACAGCUGACCAAAACUCUUCCGCAGAGCCACCAGCAGCUAAAAAGCGAAAGCUGCUUGCGUCUACCGGCGCUGCUCCGAGCCUCAGUGAAAACAAUAAAAACAACACAGACAACGGGGAGGAUAGCCACAAUAACGAAUGUGGUGUAGAAGAAAUUGACGUUGACGUAUCAUUUGAAAAAGCCGGUGAAUCGGCAGAAAAGGCGAACGUUAUCGUGCCGUCUCACUCGGUUUCGUUAAGUGGUGGUGAUAUUGUUGACUCUGUCGGGUCUACUUGCACGGGCGAGAAAAGCGAGAAAAGUGGUAGUGGAAGCGACAGUACAUUGUCGUCAGUGAAGAAAGAAAGCGGUCAAAGUGAUCAAAGCGGAGUUUCUGUUUCGUGUGAAAGCGUAGUGGCCGAAGAAAAAACUGAAUCAAAGAAUUUGGUGGAAGUGGAGGAAAAAAAUUCUCAAGUGAACAAUUUUGCAACGACUUCAGCGUCAAUUUGCGAGCGAAAUAACAAAGUUAAUAUUUCAAACGGUAAUAAAACGAAUUCGCAGGUAGUGUACGCAGGAAACAACCAAAUGGCUGGUAGUAAUCCUACGAACGACUCACGUUCCCGCGGCGCUUCUGACAUCGAUGAAUCGCUCUACUCGCGCCAACUCUAUGUACUGGGUCAUGAUGCAAUGCGUCGCAUGGCUAAUUCAGACAUUUUGUUGUCGGGUAUUGGCGGUUUAGGUCUGGAGAUAGCCAAGAAUGUAAUUUUAGGAGGCGUGAAAUCAAUCACACUUCAUGACAAGGAAAAUUGCACAAUUCGUGAUUUGGCAUCGCAGUUUUAUUUAAGCGAAUCCGAUGUAGGCCGCAAUCGCGCAGAAGCUUCCUGCAACCAGUUAGCUGAGUUGAACAAUUACGUUCGUACCACCGCAUAUACUGGCGAGUUAACCGAAGACUUUUUACGUCAGUUUCGUGUUGUUGUACUGACCGAUUCUGAUGAUACCGAACAACAUCGCAUUGCAAAAUUCGCUCAUGAAAAUGGCAUCGCCUUGAUUAUAGCCGAAACGCAUGGACUUUUCGCAAAAAUUUUCUGUGACUUUGGAGAGAAUUUCACAAUAUACGAUCAGGAUGGCGCUCAACCCAUUUCCACCAUGAUAGCAAGUAUUACUCACGAUUCUCAGGGUGUGAUUACUUGCUUGGAUGAGACUCGUCAUGGUUUGAAUGACGGUGAUUAUGUGACCUUUAGCGAAGUUCAAGGGAUGGCGGAAUUAAAUGGAUGUGAACCGAUUAAAAUCAGUGUAUUGGGUCCAUAUACAUUUAGCAUCGGCGACACUAGCCAGUUUAGUGAAUACGUCUCCGGUGGCAUAGCCACACAAGUGAAGAUGCCCAAAGUUGUGAAUUUCAAACCGCUUGAAGUAGCUGAGAAAGAACCCGAAUUCUUAGUCUCUGAUUUUGCAAAAUUCGAUCAUCCGACUUCUUUACACAUUGCUUUCUCUGCCUUACACAAAUAUAUUGAGCAAGUUGGAAAGCCACCACGUCCAUGGAAUGAGGAGGAUGCGCAAAAGUUCUUACAAAUGUGCAAAUCUGUCAAUGAAGACAUUAAUGAGAACGCAGUGUUGCUAUUUGCUAAGACAUGUGCUGGUAACACCUGUCCCAUAGAUGCAGCGAUUGGUGGAUUUGUUGCUCAAGAAGUUCUCAAGGCAUGUACUGGAAAAUUCACACCAAUCUAUCAAUGGUUGUAUUAUGAUGCUAUUGAGUGUCUGCCCGCCAAUGGUGUUGAGGAGGCCGACGCUCAACCGAUAGGUUCGCGUUAUGAUGCACAAAUCGCUAUUUUCGGAAAGAAUUUCCAAGAUAAAUUGGGUGACGCAAGAUAUUUCAUUGUUGGCGCUGGAGCUAUUGGCUGCGAAUUGCUUAAAAACUUUGCAAUGAUUGGAGUUGGUGCGCGUAACGGUGAAAUCGUUAUAACCGAUAUGGAUUUGAUCGAAAAGUCGAAUUUGAAUCGCCAAUUUCUGUUCCGACCGCACGAUGUACAAAAACCAAAGGCGAAAACUGCUGGUAAUGCCAUCAAGAAAAUGAAUCCGGAAACCAAAGUCACUGCGUACGAAUUACGUGUUGGACCCGAAACAGAAAAAGUAUUUUCCGAAGAAUUUUUCGGAAAACUAAAUGGUGUAGCCAAUGCAUUGGACAAUGUUGACGCUCGUAUCUAUAUGGAUCGCAAGUGUGUAUUCAAUCGUUUGCCAUUAGUGGAGUCUGGUACUCUUGGCACCAUGGGCAACGUGCAAGUGAUUGUACCAUUUUUAACUGAAUCGUACAGUUCAUCACAAGAUCCCCCAGAGAAGAGCAUCCCCAUCUGUACGCUAAAGAACUUCCCUAAUGCAAUUGAACAUACAUUGCAGUGGGCGCGCGAUAUGUUUGAGGGCGUGUUUACGCAGUCUCCUGAAAAUGCUGCACAAUACUUAUCAGAUCCAAAUUUCAUCGAACGCAUCAUUAAACUGCAAGGCAUUCGACCGUUGGAGAUUUUAGAAUCUGUGAAGAAAGCUUUGGUUGAUGAAAGAUCUACAGACUUCUUGGAUUGCGUAAAAUGGGCUAGAAAUCAUUGGGAAGAACACUAUGCAAAUCAAAUCAAACAGUUGCUGUAUAAUUUCCCACCAGAUCAGAUAACGUCAAGUGGCCAACCAUUUUGGUCCGGCCCGAAGCGCUGUCCACAACCACUGCUCUUCGAUAUUAACGACGAUCUGCAUUUAGAUUACAUACAUGCAGCGGCCAAUUUACGUGCAGAAAUGUACGGCAUCGAACAAGUGCGUGAUAGGCAGCAAGUAGCAGAGCUAGUGAAAGAAGUGAAGGUUGCCGAGUUCAAACCACGUUCUGGUGUAAAAAUUGAGACCAACGAGAGUGCUGCUGCCGCUGCCGCAAACAAUUAUGACAGCGCAGAUGUAGAUCAAGACCGCGUUAACAAGAUUUUAACUGAAUUGAAGGCUUUGAGGGAAAGCAAAACUCCGCUGGUGGUCAAACCACUCGAGUUCGAAAAAGACGAUGAUAAUAAUUUCCAUAUGGACUUUAUAGUGGCCGCAUCUAAUUUGCGUGCUGCUAAUUAUAAAAUUCCUCCAGCUGAUCGACACAAGUCUAAAUUAAUCGCUGGAAAGAUCAUUCCAGCAAUUGCCACUACUACAUCACUCGUCUCUGGCUUGGCUGUGCUCGAAGUUAUGAAACUAAUUAGCGGACACAGUGACAUGGAUAAAUUUAAAAAUGCUUUUGCAAAUUUGGCAUUACCUUUCAUUGCAUUCUCCGAGCCCAUGCCUGCCGCAAAGAACUCGUAUUAUGGCAAAGAGUGGACGCUGUGGGAUCGUUUCGAAGUUGCUGGCGAGCUAACGUUGCAAGAAUUUCUCGAUUAUUUCGAAAAGAAAGAGAAAUUGCAAAUAACAAUGUUAUCGCAAGGCGUGUCGAUGCUUUACUCGUUCUUUAUGCCGAAAGCUAAAUGUGCUGAACGUUUGCCGCUACCCAUGACUGAAGUGGUGCGACGUGUCUCGCGAAAGCGCAUUGAAUCACACGAACGCUCCUUGGUAUUUGAGAUCUGUUGCAAUGACGAGGAUGGUGAGGAUGUCGAAGUGCCGUAUGUACGGUAUACCAUACCCUAAAACAAUUGUUAGUGGAUACAUCAAAUUCACUAUGCGUUCGGAAAUCGAUGCUCUUUCAAUUCAAUACAACUAUCGUUUAAUAUUUUUUGAUAUAAUUUAAUACGAAUAAAUAUUAUUAUCGUGUCACUUAUAAACUUAGAAUAUCAUUAUUUUCCAUGUGAAAAUAUACAAAAGUAUUCAGCAAAUGAUACCUUAACGAAACUUAAACUAUAUGUGUGUAGUAGGAGCGGAGAGAUCUUUGACUAACGAGUCAUAAUGGGAGCAAAAUGAAUAAUUGUAGCAGUUCGACUGCAUUCGUCAUCAUUACGCGAGAUGGACUCUUUCUUUUUUUGUUUCAAAUAUAAAUAUACAUGCUAACCGAUGGAACUUUAUUUUAUUUAUUAAAUAUUAAGUAUGUAGGAGUGAGAGACUUUAUAAAAUUUAAAUAUAAACAGAAGAAUAAAAAUUGAUGGCAAA